CCACCCACUCACCCAAACGAACCCACCCAUCCUGACGCAGACCUAAAUCCAAAUCCAGAAGCAGGCCCGGGUUCUUACCGUGGGUCUUUUCCAGGUGACUCCCCGGACCUUGUAGGAGUUCCGGCCCAGCUCGUUGAAGCCCAGAGCCUCGGGCGCGGCGGGGAAGGUCGGGUCGCAGAAGAGUUUCCCAGCGGAGCGGCACUGCGCCCUCAGAGCUGCGAAGUCCUGGUUCAGGUACCGCACCGCGUUGGCGUUGGUGCCGAAGCCCGCGGCCAGGGCGCGCUUCUUGGCCAGAGUGGACGCCACGCCGGACAUGAUGAAGACCCAGAGAGAGAAAAGUGACGAAGAGUCCGCAGCUUGUCGUGGCCAAACUUUUCUCUCAGAGCAGAUUUUCAGAGUCAGACCUCCAGACCUCCGCCCCGAAAACCGAGCGGCAGAGGAGGAGCCAGAGCGCCUCCUCCUCCUCCUCCUCGGCCUGGCAGAGUCUGUGAGCCUGCCUCCCUCCAGUCUGCAUGUCCAUGAGUCUCUGAAGCAGGAAGCAGAAGCAGAACAAGUUCAAACGCAGCGGAAUGAAUCUGGACGGCCAAAAGUAUGUGGACGGCCCUGCCCACAUUUUUAGGCCUGAAGCAGUUUUACAGCUUUCUGAUGAGUUUAAAGCCGAGCUGAAAAACACAGCCAGCCAUGUUUUUCUGUCAGAAUCACAGAAUUAUCACAGAGUGAUGGAGCGAAUCCAGACCGGACCACAAGAGGAAGAUCUGGAUCUGUUCACCCGGAAAACAAAGAGAUUCUCUGACGUUCAAACCUCAAACUCCAAAACGGAGAGACCGAAAGGCAGAAAACAGAGUGAUCAGAGAUUUCUGAUCACAGCUGAUCACAUCUGGAUCGGAUGAUCACAACAGAUCACAUCUGGAUCAUAUUAUCACAGUUGAUCACCUCUGGAUCAGAUGAUCUCAGUUGAUCACAACAGAUCCCAUCUGGAUCGACUGAUCAGUGGCUGUAGAGACCUCUGAUGACUUUGUGUUUGAUGUGAAUGAAGCAGGUGGUGAUGUCAGCCUGCAGUGAUCACUCUGUCACAGAUAUAUAUAUAACAGUAGAUCACAUGUGAUCUGUGUCAGUCUGUUACCUGUUCAACAAACACCUACACGAGGAGAUCAACCUGCCCAGAGACAGGAACCAGGUCUACCUGCAGAAUGAAUGUGUUCAUUGAUAAUCUGAAUGUGAUCAUGGAGUCUGUUGAACACUGGAAUCAUUUAUUAGAGAAAUUAAAAUGAUGUAAAAAUCAAACAGUCAUGAGCUUCACCUGUGCCUGAAUGAAACGAUGAUACCUGAUGUGUUUCUGGCUGACAGACACACGUUCUGAUCUCUCUGACUUAACUGGAUCCAUAAUAACAGUUAAUGAUGGAAAUAACAGCUGACGAAAAGAAAAACUCGUUGAUGAACCAGAACCAAAACCACAAAUCAAAACUAGAACACCAGUUUAAUCUGUUUUCUUCUUCACUCUGGAAUGAAACUCCAGUGAUGCUGAAACAUCAGAUCAGUCCGAUCAGCUGCAGCGUCCAAUCAGAACCUGACAUCCAGAUCCAGGACUUCUAUGAAGGCUGCUGUUGUGGCUCCUCACUCGUUGCAGCAGUGGGUCUUUCUGUGGACUCCCAACAGCUACAGGACCUGCCCUCUACAUGAUAUGGAUCUGGACCUGGGCAUGGUUCUUCUUGGUUGAGUUUUGGAAUCUGAGAGUUUGAGUCAUGUGGUCUGUGAGACUGAAUCUAGACUCCUCUCAGAGUAGGAGCUUUGGGACAGGCUGCAAGAUGGCGAACCACAAUGGUUCUGGUUCAAGACAGGAGCGACUUGGUCUAACCCCAUCCUGCUGCUGCACCUGGUCUGAACUGCCCAUCUGUGAGGACUGAUGCCAGGCUGUGGGACUGUGUGACCCUGAGCAGCGUCUGAAGGCUCAGCAGGAUGGAGGACAGCCUCAUGUGGACAGCAGGGGGAGGCAGAGAGGCGAAGAACAUCUGGUUUUAUCAUUCGACCUCAAGUCGUCUUGACUGGAUUUUGUCCAAACGUUGAGUUAAAGUGGAUCAAGUCUCAGUUCGGUCCAGCUGCAUCAAGCUGUCAGUGAUGAAGAGUCAAGGUGGACUGACAGUUUGAAUCCAGGCCUUUUUCAGACAGCAGGGUGUCAGAACCCACCAGGACUUGGAUGAAGUCUGAACCGAACAUCAUGUGACACCAGAGACCCAGAAACCUUUUCUGAACAGCUGAACCGGUUCAGUCUGUGUUCAUGUGUGUUUCAGGUGGUGGUGCUAAGAACGAACACCUCACCGUGUUUAUCAGACCGAUUACUCUCUGAAUGAUUCAGUCAACUGAUAAAGAACUGAUCCCUCACCUGUACCAAAGCUCCGCCCCCUCACCACCACCUGAAGCACACACUCAUCCACACACACCUACAGCACCUGCACAGUUCACUUACAGCUCACACCUCACACCUGAGCCAGACCGUCAGCAGACCGGCUUCCAACAAAACUUCACCAGCACGAAUCUCAGCAGGAUCUCAGCAGGAUCUCAUCAGGUUCUCAUCAGGUUCUCAUCAGGAUCUCAGCAGGUUCUCAUCAGGAUCUCAGCAGGUUCUCAUCAGGUUCUCAUCAGGUUCUCAGCAGGUUCUCAGCAGGUUCUCAUCAGGUUCUCUCAAGAUGGCGAGCACGGCAGCAGAGCUGGCCACUCGCAGAUGGACCAGUGCCGUCCCCUUCAACCAGCAGGACUUUGAGCGGUUGCGGAGCCAGUGUCUGCAGACCGGCUCGCUGUUCUGUGACCCGACCUUCCCUGCAGACUGGGACUCUCUGGGAUACGACCAGCUGGGACGCCGCUCUUCCAAAACCAUCGGAGUGGAGUGGAAACGACCCCUGGAGCUGUGUUCUGAUCCUCAGUUCAUCAUUGACGGAGCAAAGAGAACAGACAUCUGUCAGGGAGAGCUGGGUGACUGCUGGCUGCUGGCUGCCAUCGCCUCUCUGACUCUGGACCCUCAGAUCCUGAACAGAGUGGUUCCUCCUGGACAGAGCUUCAGCUCGCAGUACGCCGGCAUCUUCCACUUCCAGCUGUGGCAGUACGGGCGGUGGGUGGACGUGGUCGUGGACGACCGGCUGCCCACCAGAGACGGGAAGCUGCUGUUCGUUCACUCAGCAGAGGGAGGAGAGUUCUGGAGCGCCCUGCUGGAGAAAGCCUACGCCAAGGUGAACAGCUCGUAUGAAGCUCUGACCGGAGGUUUAACCAUCGAGGGUUUCGAGGAUUUCACCGGUGGAAUCUCAGAGAGCUACGACCUGAAGGAGGCUCCACCGUUCCUGUUCAACAUCAUGAGGAAGGCUCUGAGGCUCGGCUCGCUGCUCGGCUGCUCCAUCGAUAUCUCCAGUUCGAAGGAGACGGAGGCGAUCACAGGUCAGAAGCUGGUCAGAGGUCAUGCCUACUCCAUCACUGCAGCACAGCAGGUUCAUCACUUUGGUUCUCCUGUGGAGCUGCUGAGGAUCAGGAACCCGUGGGGUCAUGUGGAGUGGACCGGAGCCUGGAGUGAUGAUUCGAAGGAGUGGAACGAAGUUCAGCCGGAGGAGAAGAAGAAGCUGGAUCACUCUGCUGACGAUGGAGAGUUCUGGAUGUCCUACGCUGAUUUCCUGCGUCAGUUUUCCCGCCUCGACAUCUGUAACCUGACACCUGACACGCUGAGCGGCGGCGAGGUCGGCCGCUGGAUCUUCAGCGAGUUCGAAGGCGCGUGGAGGAUCGGCUCCACCGCCGGAGGCUGCAGGAACUACCCAGCCACGUUCUGCUCUAACCCGCAGUUCUUCAUCCGGCUGAAGGACGUGGACGACGACCCUCACGACGGCGAGGACGGCUGCUCCGCCCUGAUUGGUCUGAUGCAGAAAGACGUUCGCAGAGAGAGGCGCUUCGGAAGAGACCUCAACACCAUCGGGUUCGCCAUCUACGAGGUUCCUGAUGAGUAUGAAGGUCGCGGUGACGCCCGGCUGGGCCCGGAGGUCCUGCUGAGGAGGACGCCCGUGGCUCGCAGUCAGAACUUCGUCAACCUGAGGGAGGUGUGCGGCCGCUUCAAACUGCCGCCCGGAGACUACGUCAUCGUCCCCUCCACCUUUGAACCGGACCGCAGAGGAAGCUUCAUCCUGAGGGUGUUCACGGAGAAACAGGCCCACAGCAGUCCACUGGGGGAGGACGUGGACGCUGACAUCCAGCAGCCUGAUGUGGGACACGACGACGUGGAUCCUCACUUCAAACACCUCUUUGUCCAGAUCUCUGGAAACGACUCCCACAUCUCUGCCUCGGAGCUCCAGAAGAUUUUGGACCGAGUGGUCGCUCGCAGAUCUGAUGUGAAAACGGACGGUUUCAGUCUGCAGACCUGCAGCAACAUCAUCAGCCUGAUGGACAUGGACGGCGGUCGUAAACUGGGUCUGCUGGAGUUUCAGCGUCUGUGGUUGAAGAUCCAGAAGUACCUGGAGAUCUUCAGGAGUCACGACCCAGACGGUUCUGGUACGAUGAGCAGUCAUGCGAUGAGAGCGGCGCUGGCAGAAGCAGGUGUCCAGGUGAACAGCGUUGUCCUUCAGGAGAUCGUUGCUCGUUACUCUGAUGCGUCCUUCUCUGUUGACUUUGACUCUUUCGUCUGUUGUCUGAUUCGUCUCCAGUUGCUCUUCAAGAUGUUCAGAACUCUGGACAAGAAGAACCAGGGGAAGAUCCAGCUGGACCUGCAGCAGUGGCUCUGCCUCGCCAUCAACUGACAGCCGUCGCUCCAGGUGCAUGCUGGGAGUUUCCUCAAAGGACAGACAGCAGCUGUUGUUCUGUUGUUUGUCAGUGAAACAUCAUCAUCAUCAUCAUCAUCAUCAUCAUCAGCCUGAUUUAAAUGUCAUGAUUGAAAGUUGUGAGCAGCAAAAACUGAACUUUAAUAAA